GUAGCGGCCGGUACGUAUCGUAAUAUUAUUGCUCAUACUUCAUCAUCUUGCUAUUGUGCUACGGUACUGUAAUCCUACUGUAGAUAGGGGAGCAGAACAUGCAGACAGCGAAAAAAAUCUUCUUUGAAACCAUCACUACCAGAGUGAUAAGUACACCUCGCGUACGAACCGUCGUAGGAAAAAAUACUUCGUACCCUGGACCGUAGUUUUCGGGCAUCAAGAGAGCUUUGAGUGUUCUCGAGAUGUCUCAUAAUUUUUUACGAAGCAAAUCAAGCACCACCAACCAAUCAAUCAAACUAUCGAUCAGUCAAUCAAUCAAUCAUCAUGGGAGACAGUGGACGAUGCAUGUAUAGUGGCCUUUGUUGUGCCUACACGGCCUGUGAUUGCAAGCACGUGGAGUUUUGCUACAAAGAAUCUUGCGAUUGCCUUUGUAUCCGCCAUGCAUGCUGCCUUUCGGUGAACUCCAAGUCUCGGGGCUGCUGCAUGACAACCGACAAGGAGAAAGGAGAGUGCUGCAAGAUUGCCUGCCUUUGCUGCGACUGCGGAAUCAUCAAACCCGAAACUCUUUGCGCCGGUGCUUCCCAGUGCUUGUGCUGUUACACGGUGGAGAGUCUCCCCUGCAGCGAUGAAUACGUGGAGGAAUGCGUCUGCGCCUACUUGUUCAUCCAGUGCUGCCCAAAGUGUGGUUGUUGCGCAGCGUAAGUUCCAAUUCAAAACAUAUAAAGAAAGACUACGUGUAUGCAGUGUGCUGGGCGAAUCAUUCGCCAACAAGAUCUUGUCACGAAGAAAUACCUCUUCACACGAUUGAUUGUAGGCAUCAUCUAACAUUUCUCUCUUCUAUUUUCAAAUUCACCGUCAGGCCGCCCUCCUGUCCCGCUUUGGAUAAGAUCCGAAAUGACGAGUUGGCUCCCAUGGCCAUGGAGCGUUCUUAAGCUAUAUUUGUAACAAUCAAAUCGAUUUGAAUCAAGUGCAACAAGAUCUCCUGGAUGAAUUCCAAGCUCUUCAGAACUAGAAUGGACAAUUAGAUUUGAAUUGCAAUCUUUGUCAAAAAGAAGAUGCGUAAGUAUAUAAAUUGAGGUGGAGAAUUAAGAAACUGUGCUUUGUGUCGAAUUCAAGAAUAAAUGUAUAAGUGGAUAAGAGAAAAAAUGUUAGUCCCCUCC